GUCAAUAAAGUGUCUCGUCUGCCAGAUAAAAUUUUCUCGGUGCGGAAAAGUUUGGUUUUCAGUUUUAUUCGAAAUAUACCGUGCCUAAAUGCAAAAGCCGUAUAAAAAAGAGUUUAAUUUUAGCCAAAUGGGACGUUUUUUUCUGCAUUUGAAAUUGGCUUAUAAAGAUUAUUGUUCACGGCUUCUCAACAUACCAAAAGACAUUAAUCUAUGCUUCCUGUGUUGUUAACUUAACCUGCCAGUGAAAAGAUAUUUUCACUAAUAUGGAUUAUUGUGCGUCAUUUGUGAUAAACUUUUAAAGGAAAAUUAUGUAAUUUUAUUUUGCUAGAACGUAGCAGCUGCCUCGUUUUCAAAAAACUCUUCAGUGGUAUCAACGACAGCUUCCUUAUGUCUUGAAAAUGCUUGCUGUUAUGGAAGCUACACAGAACAGUGGACCAAGCGGGACAGGCGGACCCUCGUCUGGGGGUUCAGCGCCUCCAACAACUCCAGAAAAUGGAGGCAAUGUGCAGGAAUUCUUGUCCUCGGGCCGGACUGGCCGCCGGAAUGCCCUGCCUGAUAUAUUAGGUCAACAUGCUAUAGUGACAAGUUCGGACUUGCCUUCGAGGCUACAAGCAUUGACAACAUCUGAUUCAGGUGUUUCUUCAACUACAGAAGAUCCUCAACCUGGUCCUAGUUCAGGAAAGAGCUGAGCAGUCUAUUUCAAAAAUUAGUUUCAGUCUCAUUGAUUCGAAACUUCUCUCAUGGUAGUACAAAAGAAACCAGUUUUAAUGACAGUUUGUCUAUUUUCAUGUUCUCUCCAUCUGUGUCAACGGACGACUAAAAGAGAUCGAUUUGGUGUCAUAGCUUUAGUUUGACAUUUUUAAUUGAAGAAUGCGAUCUGAUGAUUAAAAAAUGAUCGAUAGGACAAAAUAUUUUGUCGUGAAGAGUGUUUUAUAAAGAAUAUAUACUUGCAUGUUAUCUACUUUUGCAUUCAUUUUUAUUUAUUGGAAGGUUAAGAUAAUAAAAUCCAUUAGAUUUUUUUGAUAAGAAACAAUAUCAAAGCCUCUAACUUUUUUUUUUACUCAUGUUACAUUUAAAAGAGCAUUAAAACACAGAAAUUAACAUUUUUGCCAAUGAUCAAAUGAAAUAAAAAUUUAACCAACAGUUAUUGAUCGGAACAAAAAAUAAAAAAAAAUCAAAAAAUUAAUAAAAGAAGAUUAGCGUUUAAAGCUUUUCCCUUGGCCAAUGUUUCAUUUAUCGCCAUUUUUUUUACUUUUUUUACAUAAUAGUAUUUUUUCUUGCCGAGUUUUGAUCAGUAUUGUGAAGCUUGUCUAUUGCCAUUAGUGUUAGGAACAAAUUUACAUCUGCAUUGUUCUGAAAUUACAGCCAGUGGCGUUUGAACCAGAAAGUGCCACAUUAAAUAUACCCCAUUCUUUGCCUUUUCCUUUUGUCCAAAAAGAUCGGUAACAAUCUCACUGUAACAUAAUAUACUGACUUUAUCAUCUAUUUAGUAUGUAAAAGUAAUUACAUAUUCCAUUAGUUCCUUAGAAUAGCAAAAAUAUUCUAAUUUUUAUUACUUUCUGUAAUACCAAUACCUCGUAGCCACCAUUUUAGAGGUUUGCGAAUUCCCACCAAACAUUUUGGGAUACCAACAAACAAUUAUGUUCAAAAAAGGCAAAUAUAAGUAUAAGUAUAUGCUCAAAAACGAUCAUACUCUUUGGUGCAAUUUAUCACAAUUUCAAAAGGUUAUAUCAUUUCCUUACCCUUAUUUCCUGUAUGUCAGGUAAUUAUUAUUUCCCCUUGUUAAUUGUUGAAGUGAGGUGGCUUUUACUUGAUGAAAAUCCAUUUCUCAAAAUAAAUAAGAACUAAAAGUUCAGAUUUUCACGAAAUUAUAUAUUUUGACAUGACGUGAAAAUCUGAACUUUUAGUUCUUAUUUAUUUUUACACUAAUUGUUUGUUCUUUGAAUUAACUCUGUUAGUCUACCUAUGUAUUGUAGAUGAGUGGUGGCUAUGGUAACUAAUCUGUAAAACAAUCUUGCGACCAACAAUAAUAAUCCCACCUUGAUUUGAUGUGAAUGAAAUUAUAGAGUGGCUCACAAGAUCAUAAAAGACUGUUUUUAUUUUAUUUUUUUUUUUUGUGAUAUAAAAAAUCAAAAUGUAUACUGUGUUCUGGGUAAAGAAGUUUUUUUAUAGACUACAGAAAAUAAAUUGGAGUUUUGUCAAAUUCUAACUGCUGAAUCUGUUGUUUUUUAAGUAAUUUGUAUUGUAUGUCUCAGGAUAAGCAAAGUAGAACCAAAUUGUAUGUACAAAUGUAAUUCUUCAGCAUUACUGUGUUUUGAAAUACAGCAAAUGUCAAUUAAAACGCUUGAGAUUUUGCUGUAUAUUUUAAUAGAUGAGGUAAAAUAUAAUCACUUUACACUAAUAUUAGUUGGUAUUAGGUCACUCAAUAUGGAGCAAGGAAAGUAUAUUUUUGAUGAUGUAGAUGUAAUUAAGAGCUUUAACCGUGUGUUGUAGCUAUUUUGAUCUAAAACAGUUGCACUUGAUCUUUGUACGUAAUAUGUAACUGUAGUGAAUCUGAUAUGAAUUAAUACAUAGUGGUGCAAAAAGUAUUUUUUGAAACAUUCUAGGCCUAGAUUUAGCAACACCAUUUUUUGUGAUAUUAAUUAUUUAUUUAUUGUAUUUAAAUUUAUUUUUUAAGAUUUUGUGACAUUGUGAUAUGAAUUUUUUAACUUUUAGCUUUAACCAAUUAUGCCUAGAGGUGGGGCCUAAUUUUUGGUUAAUUGUUAACUUUAAAUAAGAUUAUAUUGGGGCACUUAUAAAUUACACAUUUUUAUAAUUAUGGGCCCACACAACUGCGCAACAAAAACUCGGGACAUCAACUUAUUUGUGUCCUAUUUUUUUUUCGAAAUAUUCCAGCUCAAAUAUUCAGAAAGUUAUUAAAAGUAAAAAUGCUUGUCAACAAAUAAGUAUAUUUGUAUAGAAAUAAAAUAUUAACUUUA